CUGGCCUGAGCGAGUGACGGGCGGGCAAGAUGGCGGCCGAGGCGGAUUCCUGGGAUGUGGACACCUUCGAGGCGGCGGAUCCUGUGGCCGGGCGCCUCCUGCCCACGCCUGCCGUGGUGGCCGCGGACCGCUGGGCUGGCGAGGACGAGGAGGACGACGUCAAGGAUAACUGGGAUGAUGAGGAGGAGGAAGAGGAGGAAAAGGAGACAGAGGUAAAGCCAGAAACCAAAGUUUCAGAAAAGAAGAAAAUAGCAGAAAAGAUAAAAGAGAGGGAAAAACUGCAGAAGAAAAAGCAAGAGGAGAUUAAAAAAAGGUUAGAGGAAUCUGAAGAAUCUAACGAACUUACACCAGAAGAACAGUUAGCAGACAAAUUACGGCUGCAGAAAUUGCAAGAAGAGGCAGACCUUGAGUUGGCAAAAGAAACCUUUGGUGUAAAUAACACAUUUGGAAUAGAUGCCAUGAAUCCAUCCUCAAAAGAUGACUUUACGGAAUUUGGGAAAUUGUUAAAAGAGAAAAUAACACAGUACGAGAAAUCUCUAUAUUACGCUGGUUUUUUGGAAACGUUAGUUCGAGAUGUAUGUAUUUCAUUGGAAGUUGAUGACUUGAAAAAGAUCACAAAUUCCUUGACAGUGCUAUGCAGCGAGAAGCAAAAACAAGAGAAGCAAAAUAAAGCCAAAAAGAAGAAAAAAGGGGUGGUGCCUGGUGGAGGUUUAAAAGCGACCAUGAAAGACGACUUGGCAGAUUAUGGCGGCUAUGAUGGUGGCUACGUGCAAGAUUUCGAAGACUUCAUGUGACAUUUCUCCUCCCUUCUGUUGUCUUUCUGUUGCCCAUAAUCCCUUGAAUGUGUAGCACAACUUCUUUCCUUUAAAUUCUGCCAAAUGCUACAAUCAAAAAGUGCAGCAUCUUUGUGCUGUUGGUUACCUUGUCGACAUUCAGCUGCUGAAGCGCCCAUCUUGAUGCCAAGGAAAUAAAACGAUGAGGCUCAAUUCUUUAUUCAAUAAUAGGAAAUAAUGGAACUUUGAUAAUUGUGACUUCAUAGCAGCAGAAGCAGCACUCAAUUGGAAAUUAAUUUCAACAAGGCCAAAAUUGUAUUAUUACCAACACAGUUCAGUAAUAACAGCCUUAACUGUACCUUUUCCACAGACUCUACCCAAACAACAAAAGCAGUUUGCAGCAAGGGCAUGGUGUGCAUUUAGUAUUAAAAUGGCUUUAUCUAUUAAAUUAGAGCUCGAGGUUUUUCAAUAGGUUGGCAAAUGGCCUGAGGGGAGGGUUCUGCACUUGGAAUGCAUCUGUGAAAUUCCCCUGACUUCAGACCUUGAACGUGGUAAAGAAAUCACUUCUUUGGGUCAGAAUGUGGGGGGUGGUUCUGUUGCAUUGGAAGACACUUGUAAGUCAAGUCUGAGCCGUUUAGUUUACACUUUUCUGACUCUUGGGGGGAAUUCUUUGUCACCAGGUUUUGGUGGCUGUAGCCCAGCUCUCACGAGACUUUGCUGUUUUUUGUUUUGUUUCAUUUACAGGAAUCCUGCUUAGCAAACUGCAACAGUUAACGACAGUUGGGCAAAUUGUUAUGUUAACAAUUAUGACAUCUGCAAAUGUUUUAUAAAAGCAACUAAUUUAAUAAAAUCACUAUUGUGAGGACUGA